CUAGCCAACCCUAUUCUCCGGCUCGUGCAUCUCAGGCUCCUGCGUUGCAGGAAGGAACUCACUCAAGUAUGGACGCCCUCUCCUGCUUUACGCCGCCUGCGAUGCUCUCCCGGUCCUUUGCGGACGCGGCCAUCGCGCGCGCGCUCCACUUCUCCCUCUCGGCCGGUUCCUCCUCCGUCCCGGAGCCGUCCACCGUCGCCGAUCUCGGCGCCUGCAGCGCGGCAGCCACGACGGCCUCGCCCUCCUCCUGCGGCCCGGUGGCGAUGCUUCCCCCGGCGGCACCGUCCGCGCGUUGCAGGCUGGGACCCGCGGGCGGCCGCGCUGGGAAGCGGCGGCCGCGGCCGUCCAAGCGCGUGCCCACCACGUACAUAAGCACCGACGCGGCCACCUUCCGUCUCAUGGUGCACCACGUCACGGGCGCCGAGGCCGACCCGCAGGUCGACGCCGACGCCAGCCUCGGUGUCCUCCUGUCGCCCUUCGACUUUGAUCACUUGCUGCCGUCAGACCCUGCGGCGGCCGCGGCCCAAGUCGCCGCGUACGCCCUUCCGGCGGCGGCGGCGGAGCAGCCGUGCUUCCCGACGCUGGACUCGUGGAACGUCAUGUACGACAAGAAGUAGGUGACUUGGGUCGAAAUUGAAGCUCUAUGCUCUGUAUAAACAUCAUGCAGCAAGAUGAAGGCGCCGUUGCGUCUGGCCUGUGAUGUAUUGCUCCCUUUGGUCGUUGCAGAGCAGUAGGAGAGGAUUAGAGAUGUACUGUAGUAGUGCUGUAUGCAAGUGCGAGUACCACCAGACUACCAGUAUAGCACGCACUAGCAGUGUAGGAAUGCAGCGAACUGUGCUAAUAUGAAAGUUCCAUGUGCUCCUUUGUAAGGGACUAGCUGUAGUCUUGCUAGUAAUCUCUCUCUCAGGAAGGUUUGAUA